UUGUUGUGGUAACCUUAUGGCUGCGCGGCAUAUUCAUCAGCCGUUGCGUGUCCAAAUUGACAGCUGUCCGGCAUACUUCUUAUAGGAUCUUUGACGCCUAGUUGGCAAAUUGUUAAUAUAUAGGCAGUAUUUGUGCAGGUGAGAUGUAAGCAUCUUACUUAUGUGCUUUCACACUUUUAUGCGGCGUGCUAGCAUCUAGGACUACUGUCUGCUACCUAGCAAGCGUUUUUACGCCGACCUAGGUGGGGGUCAGGAAUCCAGAAUCAGUCAAACAUUCCGGUCCUGGUAAUCAGUGUAGCAACUUCACCUUUGUUUCGGUAUCGGUUGUCAAAGUUUUUUAGUUGGCCUCAUUCCCUGCUUUCUCCGAUUCAACAACUCACAGUUGUUGUAGAGAUAACGCAAUAUCGACCCUGGAAACGAGAAGAAUAGGUAAAGCGAGUAGAGCUAUCAAAUGCGGCCCAAAAGAUUGUGUGGUUAUGCUGAUGUGAAUGCAAUGAUUAAGUCCUUUUCGAAACGUCCUCAGUAAAUAACAGUUCCAUUAUGUUAUACAUAUAGAAUAGAACCAUAAUGGAAUCGUACUCUACGAUAGUUACCAAAUUCUACCAUCGUAAUGUUUUUCUGACUAGCUACUUAGCACUGGCUACUAAGCACUUGUCUAGGGAUAGCGAAACUGCUCAGUUGAAAAGAUUGAUUGCUAUCCAGAAUAUUGGGUUAAGUUUGCAAUUGGAGCUAGAGUGGUUAAUCGACGAGCCAGCGCAAGAUUAAUAUUAAGACCUUGGGUCAAAUGUUGCUAACCCGAAUGUCGAUCUGGCCCUAGGUAUUCUUUUAGGGAAUGUCUAAAGGUUCAUCACGAUGAUCUCUGAUUGUCACUAACUGGGCACACAUUUCUCCAUGACUUGGAUAUGACCCUACUUCUUCGUUCGGUCCAGCGUUCCAAGUUAGCUAGUCGUAGGUUUUAGGACUUUUAUUUCCUCAUGAAUUUCAAGCAGAGCCUGUUUUAUUGGGAUGGCACAAACCGGCCAGUUAUGAAAUCUUGAUUAUGCCCACGACCACUAUGGCAAAACUUUAUUCCUCAGAAAAUUCGCAACAGAUUAACUUCCACUACCAAAUAAUAUUGUUCAACUCAAAUACUUGUUUGUCAUGAGUUACGAAAGCUAUGUCAAUAUGUACCACCCCAACUCUGUUCAACAGUCCGGCUACUACAAUCCAUCUGAAAUACAAUUUAGUCAGUUUUCUUAUGAAAAUGUGAAUCCAGCCCCAGCACAAUCUGUCAAUCUGCCUUUCUCACAAGCAUCAUACUCUUCCGUUACAGUUUACAAAGGACAGGAAGAAGAUUAUGAGAAUGAACCGCCACUUUUAGAAGAACUUGGCAUCAACUUUAGUCAUAUUUUACAAAAGACGUCGUCCGUGCUACUACCUUUCAAAGAAAGUCCACAAGAAGUCCUUGAUGAUACGGAUUUAGCUGGACCAUUGGUUUUUUGUUUAUUGUUUGGAUGCACUUUACUGUUUGCUGGAAAAAUUCACUUCAAUUAUAUCUAUGGAUUGGGAGUGUUUGGUUGUUUGGGGAUUUACCUCUUGCUGACUGUUAUGACACCAAAUGGAGUUACUCCAACAUGCGUGAUUUCAACUUUAGGAUAUUGCUUACUUCCAAUAUGUCUUCUUUCAUCAUUUGGGAUUAUUUUCUCCCUGAAAAGCCUAUUGGGCAUUGCAAUGACUGUAGCAGUGGUUUUCUGGUGCACCGUCGCGUCAAGCAAACUGUUUGUUCGUACUUUAGAUAUGCAACAUCAACGCAUUCUUGUUGCUUAUCCGUGUGCUUUAGUGUAUUGCGUCUUUGCACUUUUAGUUGUUUUUUGAUUUCAUUACUUGUUUAUAUUGAGUGAUUACCUGGAAAUAUUUGCAGUUUACUUAUUUGAGUAAAAAUCUGUUAACUUAUAAAUGUCUUUCUUAUGAUAGAAACACUUACUUUCGUAAGAUGUACAUUAUAGAAAGUUCUUGUUUGUAACUAUUAUUGACAUAACACUGUCAGAAAUACACAAAUUCAGGCAUAUCGUUGUAUACCACAUUUUUAAAGAUAACUUUGUGUGAAUAGAUUAAUAAGUCUAUGUUUUUAGUUGUCAAAGAUUUAGAUGUUUACUCUUCAUACAAAAUUAAUUACAGGUGAAAUUAUUGAUAUGUACUUCCGUUGAAAAUCUGUACUUGGAUGGGAAUAUUGAGUGCACUCAGCAACACGGUGGUUUUGAACCUUCUAAUUCUUCCCACCUUACAUAUUCAUUCCCUGGAUAAAAUCGAAUUUGCUUGUAGAGUGAAAACGGUAAAAAAAAGUGCUUCUCCAUUUAACUCAAGAACCUCGCCUAGUUCACUAGUUACUAGCCGGUC